AUUUUAACAUUUCUCUCUCUUUCCGGUCGUGUCGGUUUUCGACUGCCGAUAGCCAUCUUCAUCGCUUUCGGCUCCAAAUGGAGGCCUGCCUCUGAUCUUAUCCGGAUUUUCAUCGAAUUCGAGAGAGAACAAAAGGCGACUUGCAUCGCCUGAGAGGUUGAGAGGAUGUCAACUCCAGCGAGGAAGAGAUUGAUGAGGGACUUCAAACGAUUGCAGCAGGACCCCCCUGCAGGCAUUAGUGGCGCUCCUCAGGAUAACAAUAUCAUGCUGUGGAAUGCUGUCAUUUUUGGCCCUGAUGACACUCCUUGGGAUGGAGGUACGUUUAAGCUCACACUGCAGUUUACUGAGGAUUAUCCAAACAAGCCACCAACGGUUCGAUUUGUUUCUCGAAUGUUCCAUCCAAAUAUCUAUGCAGAUGGAAGUAUUUGUUUGGAUAUUUUGCAGAAUCAGUGGAGCCCCAUCUAUGAUGUGGCUGCAAUUCUUACGUCAAUCCAGUCAUUGCUCUGUGAUCCAAAUCCCAACUCCCCUGCCAACUCAGAAGCGGCUCGGAUGUUCAGUGAAAACAAAAGGGAGUACAACAGGAGAGUUAGGGAGAUUGUGGAGCAAAGCUGGACGGCAGACUGAUGGCUCCCUUGCACAAGGAAUUUCCGAAAUUGUUAUGUUCCCCUAAGAACUUUGCUGCUUUUACUACCAGUUGAAAUGACUGAACCUUGCUAAAUGUUUUUAUUCGAAAACUGCUUCUAGUCUUGCAAGUCCUAGUUAUGAUGUGUUUUUGAUUGCAAACAUAUUUUACUAGACAUCAAAAUCUCAUCUCUUGAGAUGGUUUGUUCAA